GCUGCCUUUCCCCGGUUCCCCCUUCAGUGUCAGCAAUUUAAGGCAUUUGAUGUCGAUAUUCACCAAUUUCCAUGAACUAGAUAUAUUACAAUUGUUUCCUCUUCACAGACUACCGAUCCCCCAAACAUUUUCGGCAUUUUCUCCGUUUAUCUAUCCCUUCCAGGGUCUCCUUUAGCUUUCCUGCUUGCCCCGCCCCCUCGGCCACGCCUCUGUCGGGUGACGUCUGAAUUGGCGCCUCAUCUCCCGCGCUCUCGCGCCUCGACUCGCCUCGCGGGCUGUAACGGGCAAGAUGGCUGUGCAGCCGCGCGACCGACUCAGCGGCGGUGAUGGCGGGCAGGAUGGCGGCGCCUUCGUGGCCUUUUACAGGUCCAUGCCCGAGCAGCCUCCCACCACCUUCCGCGUCUUUGACCGGAGCGACUACUACACGGUGCACGGGAAAGACGCAAUGUUCGCCGCCAAGGAGGUCUUCAAAACCAACGGUGUCAUCAAGUCCCUAGGAUCAGGAAACAAUAAGAUUGAAAGUGUUGUGCUGAGCAAAAUGAAUUUUGAAUCUGUGGUCAGGGAUCUUCUAUUGGUCCGACAAUAUCGUGUCGAGGUUUAUAGAAACAAAGCUGCAGGUAAAUCCUCAAAGGAGAAUGAUUGGUACUUAGCCUGUAAGGCUUCUCCGGGUAACCUCACACAAUUUGAAGAGAUUCUGUUUGGCAACAAUGAUAUGUCCACUGCAGCUGGUGUGGUGGGUGUUAAAUUAGGCACUGGAGAUGGGCAGAGAUUAGUUGGUGUUGGCUAUGUUGAUUCCACACUCCGGAAAAUGGGUGUAUGCGAGUUCCCGGACAACGAUCAGUUUUCUAAUCUGGAAGCUUUGCUGGUGCAAAUUGGACCCAAGGAAUGUGUGCUUUCAGGUGGUGAGAGUGCAGGAGAUAUCACUAAGCUCAGACAGGUAGUACAACGAGGAGGCAUUUUAAUUACAGAUAGGAAAAAAAGCGAAUUUACAAAUAAAGACAUUGUACAGGACUUGAACCGACUGCUGAAAGGAAAAAAAGGAGAACAAGUAUCAAGUGCUGCUUUGCCAGAGAUGGAAAAGCAGGUUGCCAUGUCUUCUGUUUCUGCUGUCAUUAAAUAUUUGGAUCUCUUGUCAGACAGCACUAAUUUUGGUCAAUACGAGCUGACAGCCUUUGAUCUGAACCAAUAUAUGAGGCUGGACAAUGCAGCAGUCAGCGCGCUGAAUCUUUUCCAGGGCUCAUCAGAAGAUUCUAGCAAUACACAGUCACUAGCUGGUUUAUUGAACAAGUGCAAGACCUCUCAGGGACAGCGCCUUGUCAAUCAGUGGAUCAAACAGCCACUGAUGGACAAGAACAGGAUUGAAGAGAGGCUUAACCUGGUGGAGGCUUUUGUGGAAGAUACAGAGCUUCGACAGAAUUUACAAGAGGAUCUUCUUCGGCGUUUUCCUGACCUCAAUCGCUUGGCGAAGAAGUUCCAGCGUCAGGCAGCGGUGCUACAGGACUGCUAUCGUAUUUACCAGGCUGUCAAUCAUCUCCCAAAUAUGGUGCAGGUGUUGGAAAGAUACCAAGGAGCACACCAGAUGUUACUGAAAGCUGUAUUUAUCUCCCCGUUGACUGACCUUAUCUCUGAUUUUGCCAAGUUUCAGGAGUUAAUUGAGACCACAUUGGAUCUAAAUCAGGUGGAAAAUCAUGAGUUUCUGGUUAAGCCAUCUUUUGAUCCAAAUCUAACUGAACUGAGGGAGAAGAUGGAUGACCUGGAGAAAAGUAUGCAAUCAGCUCUCAACCAAGCAGCCAGAGAGUUAGGUCUUGAAGCUGGAAAAACUGUGAAACUGGAGUCAAAUGCUCAAUUGGGAUAUUACUUCCGCGUCACCUGCAAAGAGGAAAAGGUCCUUCGCAACAAUAAGAAAUUUAAUACUAUAGAUAUUCAGAAGAAUGGAGUUCGGUUCACAAAUAGUAAGCUGAGCUCUUAUAAUGAAGACUACCUGAAGAGUAGAGAAGAGUAUGAAGAAGCCCAGAAUGCAAUUGUUAAAGAAAUCAUCAAUAUCUCUGCAGGGUAUGUCGAACCUCAGCAGACGCUAAAUGAUGUAAUUGCACAACUGGAUGCUGUGGUCAGCUUUGCACAUGUAGCUAAUGGAGCACCUGUGCCGUAUGUGCGGCCUGUGAUCCUUCCAAAGGGUCAAGGGCAGAUUAUCCUAAAGGCUUCCAGGCAUCCGUGCAUUGAGGUCCAGGACGAUGUGGCCUUUAUACCCAAUGAUGUUACAUUUGAGAAAGACAUACAAAUGUUUCAUAUAAUAACAGGUCCGAAUAUGGGCGGUAAGUCAACAUAUAUCCGGCAAACGGGUGUAGUAGUUCUGAUGGCCCAGAUUGGUUGUUUUGUACCCUGUGAUUCUGCAGAGAUAAGUAUCGUUGACUGCAUCCUUGCUCGGGUUGGUGCUGGUGACAGUCAACUUAAAGGUGUUUCAACAUUCAUGGCGGAAAUGUUGGAAACUGCAGCCAUCCUGAGAUCAGCAACAGAACACUCUCUGAUCAUUAUUGAUGAAUUGGGAAGAGGAACCUCUACUUAUGAUGGCUUUGGCUUGGCCUGGGCCAUAUCAGAAUAUAUCUCCACCAAGAUAUGUGCAUUUUGUAUGUUUGCCACUCAUUUUCAUGAGUUGACUGCCUUGGCUGAUCAAGUACCAACAGUGAACAAUUUGCAUGUGACUGCCCUCACCACUGAUGAAACACUAACCAUGUUGUACCGUGUCAAGAAAGGGGUUUGCGAUCAGAGUUUUGGGAUUCAUGUGGCUGAGCUUGCUCAGUUUCCCAAACAUGUUAUUCAAAAUGCCAAGGACAAAGCCCUGGAGCUUGAGGAGUUCCAGAAUACAGGGAAAACUGAAGAAUCUGAGGAAGGACCAUUGGCCAAGAAAUCUCGUCAGGAAAAACAGGAUGGUGAAAGAAUCAUUGCUGAUUUUCUAGCAAGCAUCAAAGCAUUGCCCAUUUGUGACCUGUCUGAAAAACAGGUAAAGCAGAAGCUGAUGAUGCUGAAGUCUGAGGUGCUGGCACAGAAUAACAGUUUCAUCAAUGAAAUAGUUGCAAGAUCUAAGGUGACAGCUUUAAAGUAAACUUCAGAGUGAAUGAAUUUACAGAUGGAAUCCCUGGCAACUAAUAUGGACAGUCAAGGAAACUAAGCAGAAGUAUUCCUUCACACUGAGCACAAGCUGCUGUAUAAAAGUGUACCUGAAGACAAAAGAAUUGUUCUUGUCAAUGGCUGCAUUAAUCAUUUUAACGGAGUUUGAGAGGUGCACCAUCUACACAGAAGACACAAGUCUGCUUGGAGGGCUUUUCAUGCUUUUUCUAUUUCAUUUAUUCUGUAUAUUGCAAUGUGAGUCACAUUGCAGUUAAUUUUGUUGUGAUUUUCUUUCAAAAAGAUAACAUUUACAAUAAAAUUAUUAAAAUCCA